GUGUACGUGCACAGACAACACUGAUUCAUCGUCAACCACGUGGUGUUUAUCCACCUACCUGACACCUGUCCAUCGCCUCAAAACACAGAGACAGCAGAGAGCUGCAGCAGCUAGAGGUGAGACCCGUUCUGUUUUGGAUCAAAAGAGUCCAUGCUUACUGGACUGGACCAUAAGAAUUGUUAUUCGACCUUUGAUGUCCUCUGCUAUGAGUGAGAUGAGAUAUUUUACAGUGCCUUCGCUUGAUCUGGACUCUCUCCUGUCAGUAAAAGGGAAAAUCCGUCAGGAAGGAUUGCUGGACUCACACCUGAAAACCAAUCUUGACUUCUCUAUACAAGCCCUGGAGGCCUUUCCUGCAUCCAAGCGGCGUGAUGUCUCUCUAACACUGGAAGGAGAGCGCCACCUAGUGCGUAUCACAGCUGGGACACCUGUCCUGUCCUACACGGCACAUACGGGCGCAAACGGUCCACAGCUCCUACAAAGGACCCAUCCAGAAUGUCAACUGACAACCUCUAGCCUUGCAGAGAGCCAUUUUGCUGGACAUUGCUGUCGUGACGAGUUAGAAAGCUGCUUCGAGCAAGCUAAAAAAGCCCUGGCUGACAAAAGCCCAUCAGUUCUGGAUCGCAUGGAGCUCAAGAUCACCUGUGGAGAGCUACAUCUCAUGUACAGUACCCAUCAGCCCCUGCACACCCUCCACAUCCAGCCACGGCGUAGAGUUUUCUUGGGUAAAACACUGUCUCUAGAGAAGAUCCUAGAGACAAAGACAAACCUGGAGAAGAGUGGAGAGAUGAGGAAAGACCUGCUAACAUGCUUUCAGCACUUGCUGCAGCACUCGGACCAGUAUCAGGAUGAGAAUGCACGAAUCAUUCUUCAGGGUGAUGGGGAGAUGCUGGAGUUUGUCACUGGCAGGACAGACAACCACACAACUCAGUACUUCAUCUUCACCAAUGCCCAGAACAAAGCUCACACCCAGCGGAUACAGGACAUGGAGUUGUGGGACGGCUUGAUUGUUUCUUGAAAAAAGAAACUUAAGAGUAUCUAGCAAGAGCUUUGUGAAACUGAAACUUACAGUACAACGAGGCUGAGAUGUAAAACAUCCCCGGACAUUUCAUUCACCACUCUGGACGCCAAUCUAGCGUGGAUCAAUCUGAAAAAUAUUUGGCCUGCUAAAGAAAGCCCUCUUCGUUUUCAAUGGAUGCUUCAUUCUGUUACCCACUUCUUCCACCUGUUACAGAAAACAUAAUGUCUGUAAUGCAUGAACUGAAGGAAAGGAACAUUACAGACAAAACCCUUUUCUCCAACUUGGACUUUGCUGAGAGAUUCUUUAGAGAACAUCCUUUAAACCAGUACUCAAAGCUGGUGGUUAAAGGAGGUUACUCUUGUGUACAGAUUGGAAGGAAUGUAUAUCCUGUUUUUACUAUAACAUCAGAAAACAACGAAACCUAUGUCAAUGUCAAAGUCGGCAACAUACUUGGCCAAAAAAUUACUUUCAUUGAAGCCAGGCACUUUUUCAACCACUCCUGCCAGGAUGAGAUUAAAUCCUGUUUUUUACAGGCUCAAGAAACUGUCGCUAAAGAAAGUCUGACAAGACUAGACAUCAAAUGCAACAGGUUCUCAGUCAUGUACCACACCGCUUCGUUAUGAUGGUUUAUACGCAACUGUGGAGACUAAAUGUCAUUUAAAGCUGGAGAACAUCACUGCUGAAGGUUUACUGAACAAAAAAGUCUGGCUGCAGAAAGAGAAGCCUGCAUGUCUUGGUCUGAUAGCAUGUCUAGAUCAUCUCAUAAAGCAAUACUUGACCACGAGCGGUGCUAUACAGCACUCCUACAGAUUCAUCCUACAUGCAGAUAAAGAAAUAAUCAGAAUCACUUCAGGUCAAAAAAAUGAAACAGAAUGCGUAUUGAUACAUGAUCAUGAUGGGGUCUCAAUGUUCCCUCCAGAACUGCGAUAAAGUGUAUGAUAGCACUCCAAAACAAUGCAUGUAUUUAUUAUAUAUAUAUAUUAUAUAUAUAGUGAUA